AUGCCAGCUUUUACUCUAUACGGUUCUCGCGGUUCGACCAACACUGAUCGUGUGCGUCUGACUCUCGCCGAAGGCGGUUUUACCGAUUACGACCUUGUGCUUGUUAACCUUCAAAAAGGAGAGCAAAAGUCUAAAGAAAAUAUUCAACGCCACCCAUGGGGAAAAAUACCUGUCGUGACAUUUCCUGAUGGAUUCACGCUUUUUGAGAGUCGCGCAAUCUGCCAAUACCUGGCAAGAAAGUACUCCUUUCCACUCCUGCCGGCCGGCUCUGACCUCGAAUCCAUGGCGCUAUUUGACCAAGCGCAAUCCGUAGAAACGCUCUACUUCGCAGAUCCCGCAGGCAGAAUCGCAUUCGAGAAGUUUGCCAAGAAAUUCAUGGGGUUGCCUGCCGAUGAGGCCGUCGUCUCAGAGGCACUGCGUUCGGUGGAGAUGUUCUUCAAUGUUGCAGAAGGUCUACUACGCCAAAAAGACUACAUGGCUGGAAAUAUCUUCACUGUUGUAGAUAUCUACUACAUUCCGCUGAUCCAAAGACUUUUCGCAUGCGGGUACGGAGACAUGAUUGUCAGUCGGGAAGCUGUAGGUGCUUGGUGGGAUCGCUGCACGAAACGGCCGGCUAUACAGAGGUUGUUGGCCGCUGACAGAGAGGUUGCGGCGGCUGCUAGUAAAUAG